GUCUAAAUGGAACUAGCGUGUUGGCACGAAGCUUCAGAUCUGCGUAUCUUGCCGAGGAGACGCGGCGUGGGCGAGCAAGAAAAUUUGGUGACAAGAGGCGGAACUACAUGGAGGAAAAACUGCGUGUUGAUCGUGAAGUUUUACGGGCCUGCUCAGUGCCUUCGGUGCUCCCAGCAUGGCCGGGGAAUACACGACAGGUUGCAUUUCUCUUCAUGACAGAGGAUGGCCUCGACUUUGAGGAUUUGUGGGACAAGUUUUUCGGAGAUGCAAGCGCGUAUGGUGCAUAUUCUAUCUACGUGCAUCGUGCAGGAAAUCGUGAGAAGCGCUUGGCAGAGAGAUUCUCAGGUUGGAGUAUGCCUUGGUCUGCUACUUUGCCACUGAGCCGCUGGGGCGCCGUGGAGCUUCCCCAGGUGGAGACCAGAUGGUGUGCACUAUUUGGAUUGGAGGUUGCUCUUCUGGCUCGAGCGUUGCAGGAUCCGCACAAUCAGCAAUUCGUGUUUGUGUCCCACAACACGAUACCACUGAAAAGCUUCAAUUACGUGUACAAGCAGCUGGUUCUGGACUCCUCCUUCACGAGCAAAUUCUGCUUUGCGGAACCUGCCUUCCACAAGCUUGCCACCUACGAAACCAUCCGCAACGAGUUGCGUCGCACCUGCGUCUUCCGGGACUUCUGGCGGUCAUUUUCGCCACGGACUUUGAAGCACCACCAGUGGGUAGUAUUGUCACGCGAGCAUGCGGCCAUCGUGGUGCGCCGCGCGCAGAAAGCGUUGGACACCUGGCACAAGUCUUGGAUUCAGGCAGCACCAGAUCUUCUCCAUAUGGCUGAAGGCUGCAGCGAUGAAUCUGCUCCGAUUGACGCGUUGCUGUAUGACUUGGAGCACAAGGGCAGCAGUACCGGCAACACUUGGGCAGAUUUGACUCGCAUGGGCAUAGAGCAGCAAUGCUUGACAUUUGUCUUGUGGCGACAUUGCUUCACCGAAACACGCCUGGAGUACUCUGAGAACAUUGCCAAGGACCUAGAUGCUGUUUUGAAGCAUGGCGAAUUUUGCAUGCUCACAGACAGGGAGUUCAACUUUUUUAAGUCAGCUUUGAAGCGCGAGCUCAAUGGCUACCCAGCAAUAUUCGAUUCCAUCCCAAUUGAUUACUUGUGGAAAUUGGUUCAGGAGGGCUUCAUGUCAGCGCGGAAAUUUGUCAAGGGAGUGAAGUAAAGGUCGGGGACAGCGAGUUCUCG